UUUGAGUGCAAGAAAAUGGCAGACGCCAGUAUUUCAGUAGAUCAGUUCAGCUGUUCAGUGUGUCUUUAUCAUCUGAAGGAACCAGUGACUACUCCCUGUGGACACUGUUAUUGUAAGGUGUGUAUUAAUGGCUUCUGGGAUGAGGGAGAACUGAGGAGGGUCUACAGCUGCCCCCACUGUAGAGAGACUUUCACUCCAAGGCCUGCUCUACGCAGAAACAACAUGCUGGCUGAAGCAGUGGAGAAACUGAAGAAGACUGAACUCCAAGGUGAAUCUCCUGCUCACUGUUACGCUGGACCUGGAGAUGUGGAGUGUGAUUUCUGCACUGGAAGAAAACACAAAGCAGUCAAGACCUGUCUGGUGUGUCUGGCCUCCUACUGUGAAGAUCAUCUUCAACCUCACUAUCAGUCCCAGGCUUUUAAGAAGCACAAGUUGGUUGAAGCCUGUGCAGAGCUUAAAGAGAAGAUCUGCUCUGAGCACGACAAACUGAUGGAGAUCUACUGUCGUACUGACCAAAGCUUCAUCUGUUAUCUGCAGAGGGAUGAACACAGAGGCCAUGAUACUGUUGCUGCUAGAGCAGAAAGAACUGAAAAACAGAAUGAGCUAAUGGCGGAGCAGACAAAAUCCCAGCAGAGGAUCCAGGAGAAGCAGAAGAAGGUGCAGGAGCUGAAACAGGCCGUGGACACUAUUAAGAGGCGUUCACAGGCAGCAGUAGAUGACAGUGAGAGGAUCUUUACUGAGCUGAUCAGCUCCAUGGAGAAAAAGCGCUCGGAGGUGAAGGAGCUGAUCAGAGCUCAGGAGAAAGCUGAACUGAGUCGAGCUGAACGACUCCUGAAGCAACUGGAGCAGGAGAUUGCUGAUCUUAAGAGGAGAGUCACUGAGAGUUUCCCGUCUCUCUGUGUUUCUCCUGGAUGUGAGAACUCACCCAGCACCACUGUCAAUCAACAUCUCUCAUUUGAUGGAAUGAGGAAAUCUCUCUCAGAUCUGAAAACACAAGCUGAGCAAAUCUCUGCAGCAGUUCAGAUGAUUUUACCCUCAGAACUGAAGAGCAGAGAGGACAUUCUGCAGUAUUUCUGUUAUCUGACUCUGGAUCCCAACACAGUACAUCGUCGACUCAUUCUGUCUGAGCAGAACAGAUCGGUGACAUGCAGUGGGGCAGAACAGCAAUACUGUGAUCAUCCAGAGAGAUUUAAUUUCUGGGAACAGGUGUUGUGUAAGGAGAGUGUGUGUGGACGCUGUUACUGGGAGGUGGAGUGGAGCAGUAAGAAAUGGGUGUACAUAUCAGUCUCAUAUAAAGAGCUCAGCAGGAAAGAAAAGGGUAAUGAGUGUGGGUUUGGACGCAACAGUCAGUCUUGGAGUCUGGAGUGUUCUCCCUCUUCUGUCUCCUUCUGGCACAAUGACAUUAAGACUGUGGUCCGAGGUUCAGUGUCCUCCAGAAUAGGAGUGUAUGUGGAUCACAGUGCAGGAACUCUGUCCUUCUACAGCGUCUCUGACACAAUGACGCUGCUACACAGAGUCCAAACAACAUUCACUCAUCCUCUAUACGCUGGGUUUUAUAUAUGGAGUUACGACUCAACUGUGAGGUUAUGCGAUCCAAAAUGAAAUGUUGGUAAAAGUGUUUAGUAAAAUUAUAACUGAGGUGUCAGAUUUAAUCUCUAGUUAGAAUGGCAAUUUUGUAUGCAGAAACUGUAAUGCUAAUUAUUUAUUAUUUUCUAAAUGAAUCUAUUCACACACACACAUUAUAUAUGUAGUAUGUUUCUAGAAAAAAAUGUUAUCAAACAGAGUGUUUAACUGCAGAUUUAUUAUACUGAUAUGAAAGAUCUACAAUGUCUCAUAAAUUCAGUUUUGGUUUUAGCAAAGACUGUUUCUUCAGAAAUAAUAAAACUUACUGAAACUGCUGUGUCGUUCUGUGUUGCUGGUGG